UCUUGGCUAACUUCUUAAAGGGAAUGAGCUUAAAAUUGGCCAUGGACCUUGAGAACUGACCUCGAGAUUGGUGACUAAUCCCAAAAUUAAAACACAAAGGAAAAAUAAUAACAAAAAAAUCUCUGAGUGUUUAUAAAAGGAUGAAGGCUUAAAGGGUUUGGAUUCCACGUGAGCAUCCAACACCUGUUUGACUGUUAUGUUGUUAGAUUUUAAUAAUUUCUGACCUACUCAUUAUUUAUUUAAUUAUAUAUAAAUAAUAAAAUGCUGGUCUGUUUUGUAUUGUGCUUACUUGGUUCAGUAAAGGCGGUGGAAUUUUCUAAAACCAGUCUAGGCAUUUCAGUUGGAUUCUUGGGAGAAUGUCCAGGUUCUUUAAAACCAGCUGUCCUCAAGCCGAAAACUCUAGAAAAACUGACCAUCUCCGUCGUGGGUCCCGGCAAUGUGCUCAUGGCAAACUGGACGAAGUACAGCUACUCCCACGCUUCCAAGUUAGCCACUCAUCAUGAAGUGGAUUUCAACAAGAAGACAGUGGUGCUAGUGCCCGGAUAUUUGGACUCAAUUAACUUCCCUUCAAUGAGAACUAUGGGAACCAUUUAUAAAGAGUUGGGGUACAAUGUCCUCUUGGUGGACUAUUUCGAGGUUACGGCACAACAUUUUCCUAUUGCGGCGCGCCUGAUCCGGCCCGUCGGCAGACAUGUAGCCGAAAUGCUGGUAAAUUUGAAAAACCUCGGCUUAGACCCAAAAAAUCUAGAACUAACCGGAAUCAGCCUCGGCGGGCAGGCCACAAGUUUCAUAGCCAAGCAUUAUCGACACAUGACCGGCCAAAACAUCUCCUCGAUCACCGCAAUAGACCCUUCCGGCCCUUGCUUUAGGCAUCUAGGAGCUAAAGACAGACUAGAUGCGACGGAUGCAGAUUUCGUCCUUCAAAUCACUACUAAUAUGGACGGUUUUGGCUCAUCAACUCCUGCUGGACACGUGGCUGUCUUUGUCAACGGAGGAGAGUAUCAACCUGGAGACCUUUGGGCAUUGCCAUGCCUUAUCCUUUGCAGUCAUGUGAGGUCAUAUUUCAUUUGGCUCUCAGCUUUAAUGAACCCAGGAACAUUUAUAGCUAUACAGUGUGAUUCUGUGCAGCAAGCUAGAGACGGAGACUGCUAUGACCGGCAUCCAAGAGUGACGAACACCGUGGACUUAUUUACAGAUAGAAGUAAACCGGGCAUAUACUAUUUGCAUACAUUGAACAGGUACCCUUACGGUUUGGGGAAAAGAGGAUUGAAGAGGAAAUAUAAUGAAAUCACGAAGCACUUAAACUGGCUUAAUCGUGAUGAUGUGUUGUCGGUUAAAUAAGUUUAUUGGUACUUAGUAAUAACUAGUAAAAACUGAUAAAAUUCAGCAAAUUGGUCUGUAAAAUCUGUCCAAAUCGGUUAAUUUUUUUUUUGAAUGAGUUUAUCUCGCCUUCAAACGUCGCAGUUUGGCAAGUUUUAUGAAAUUCAUAUUACUUUAUGAUUAAAAAAUGUUUAUGAAUGUGAAUAAAUAAAUAAAAAAAGGAAUUUCUUGCGCUUGACUUGCGUGCUGCUGUUAUCAACUAUAUAAAUUAUCAUACACACAAUAUGUUUUACUUCAUUGGACCUAAUUACAAAGUUCCGCGGUUUUAUGAAAUUUAAUUCAUCUACCUGCUAGUAGACUAAUUAUAGACUGGGCUCUAAUGAUGGGUUAACCCUUUUUUUGGCAAUGUAUCUUAUAAGAUUUAUAGUUUUACACCAUUUUUUGUAUUGUUUGUAGAGUUUUCUUUGCCAAGAAAAGGACUAAAGCUUAUUUUCCCACAGAGAAUCGGAUAUUUCUCUGGGAAUUUGGUUUGAUCAAGUUGGAUUUAGGUUUAGAGUAGAGUUUGAGUUGGAUUUAGAGUUCCCGUACUUGACAUACGAGUUUGCGUUAAGUCUCUUUUUGUAUGGGAUUUUGAGUUUCCAAAACGUCCCGUGAUGCGCUGUUUCUAAAUCCCAUACUUGCGAGAUAGGGGCUGUGAUCCUCGCUCUGGGUCGUAUCUGGUUCAGCAGGUCUCCAUUGAGGUUCAGCGAGGAAACACAGCGGGAAUAAUGGGGACCUUUGAGCCAGGUACGAUCCAGGGGGGAUUAUUUUAGAUUUAGUUUAACGUGGCAUGUUUUUUUGUAGUUAAAUGUAAUAUGUACCCGUGUUAUUUAAUAUUAUGUCAAUAAAAUAUCUAAAUGAAAACUUAUCUAAUGCAAUAUUGUAAUACCAUCGAGCUGAUCUGAUGAUGGAGACAGGAGGUGGCCAUUGAAACUCUGUGAUCAAACAAAGCAACCUAAUUGUGUUUAGGGUUUUUAAAAUAGUCUGGAUUAGUAUUUAGUUGCCUGUGGAAAAAAGUACAGCGAUAAGAGCUUGUACCAAAAAUUAAAUUUUUGCCAAAAACUUGUUUCGUUGUAAUUUCACGCGAGUUUUGGUCUUUAAAACUAUUUGAAAUAAAGGAAUGCGUUAAAAGCAGGGCAGAUUAUUUAUUAGACAUGAAUGGCCAAGUCAUAUGCGGGUAAUAUUCAAUGCUGUUAUGUUAAUGAUAAACUAUCAUUUUAAAGAAUUUAGUUUUGUUCAGGAAGAACUCUGCAAUAAGUAAGGAUGCGAUUUUUCGGUAUACGAGUAAUAACAACUUACAUCUAAAGUACAUAAUCCAAAAUCACAUGCCAGGUGUGGGAUAUUGAGAACACUCUAUCCAGAGUUUCAGUGUGGGGUCAGGAUAAUUUAGUCCAGUUCAACACCACAAAGACACAAGUUUGCGCGUUUACCGCUAAGAAAACCCCAAUUACUGUGGUCCCGCAGUUUCAAGGCACAACCAUGUUAUGGGAGUAUUGGGAUCCUCGGUGUCGAUAUCUCCAGUGACGUCCAAUUCCGUAGCACCACAAGGGAAGGCUGCGCUGGCAUCUAAAAAACUCGGUGUGCAAAAAGCAAAGCGAUACUUCACUCCAGGGCAAAGACUGCUGCUAAAUAAAUCUGGAUCUGAUGAUUUAUUUACAAAUGUAACAUUUUAGAAAUAAAUAUACGGUAAAAACAACUUUCUUAAAUUAUUUUUUUAAUGAAGCCAAACCAAAAGAGACUUGAAAGAACUGUUGAACCAUCAGUCGAUGCGAAAUGUAUGUAUAAAUUUCGUGAGACGAUUGUCGACCGGUCUGGCCUAGAGGGUAGUGACCGUGCCUAUGAAGCCAAUGGUCCCGGGUUUAAAUCCUGGUAAGGGCCAUUUAUUCGUGUGUUCCUGAGUCAUGGGUGUUUUCUAUGUAUUUAAGUAUUUAUAAAUAUUUAUAUAUUGUAUGUAUCGUUGUCUAAGUACCCACAACAAAAGCCUUAUUGAGCU